AACAUGAUGUUAGAUUUAAAAUGCAGUUCCUGCAUGACUAUCCUAACCACAUGUUCAGGGUUGAGAGGAACAAAAAAGAAAUCAUAUUGGUCCAAAUGGACCACUAAUCUGUAUAUCGGUAAGGAUUGGUCAUACUCAGUGACUUUGUGGCUAACGGUCCUGCUUAACACAACAGUUCUGUUUUUUGGGGUAAAUGAUGAAGCAUGAACACAAAGAAUUAUCAGUGGACAAUUUUAAGUUUGUUUGGAAGUAGAGGACACAGAGAUGAGUGAGUUUUGCACAAGAGUACAUCAAUUUCCUGUCAUUGUCAUAUGUGGUUUUGGCUCACAUGGGCCACUCGUGGGAGUGUCUUUCUGCCUUUCUUCUUUGAUGUAAUGGAAGGAUGUGGUUUUCUUAAACAUGAAACAUGUUCGUUGGUGUUUUAAUGUGUGGAUGAGGAAGUUUGCGUAAGUGAAUGGGAAGGGAGGUUCAGCAAGUGAUGAUUUUAUGCGUCUGUCUUACCACUGACUCCACAAGCCAAAUAAAGGCAUUUUGUCAUAAAAAUAUUUACACAGACCUGUAAGAGUUUUUGAAGCUCUAAUAGCUGUCAAGAAACUGGAAUAUUUGGACUUCAGCACUGGAAGAAUGUUAUUUUGUGGGUAUUUGCUCACAGCUCUGAUCAUCCUCACGCCACAUUUUAGUGCUGCUGAAUACACUGCUCCACCGGCUCCUACACUGACACAGACAGCCAUCAGAACCUCAUCUGUGAAGUUGUUGUGUCAGGCUCCAGAAGGUUAUGGUGGACUUGUGUUUAAACUUUUCAAAAUGCGUGAGCUGAUAGAUAAGGUUGAGCAUUCAGCCGAACAGCAAAGGGCUGUGUUUAUUCUUAAGGGAAAAGAUACAGAAAAAGAUGAUCAGUAUUGCUGUCAGUAUGACAACAGCAUGUUCAGUUUCUAUAUGCAGCCAGAGCAGAAAGUCGGUCCCCCUCCAUCCCCUCAGCUGGUGGUCGAGCCCUCUAGUGGGAAUGUUAGUCCUGGUGACACACUGUCAUUCCACUGUCGGGCUCCACCAGACCAUCAGAAACGUUCUCCUGAGGCUUUUCUCUUGCUCCGGAGAGCCAAAGGAACCCCAGGCUCCAUGGUUGCUCCAGCCCAGCUGGUGUCUCAGUCUAAUGAAGCUCACUUCAAUGUGAAGACAAAGGGACGGGAGGACGGUGGAGACUAUGUCUGCCUCUACCAGCUCAAAUCCCAGAAGACGGGACAGGUGAACUCCACAGCCAGUCAGCCGGUACACAUUACUGUGAUAGAGCUCCCAGUCCCCACUUUGUCCUUGUCCCGACACAAGGGUGAAGUUCUGGAGUGUGUUGGGUCACCCUCAUAUCCUCAAAGCUACUUCAGUUUAUUUCGUGUCGGUGUCCUGUCACCUGAGGCGACCCAUCAGGCUUCCCCGAUUCAGUACAGUGCUAGAUUUCCCAUACCCAUCCGUUAUGAACGUGGUGUACAGUAUCAGUGUCAGUACAGCGUGUCAUUGGGCAACACCAAGGCGUACUCUAAAAUGAGCUCACCAGUAACUAUCCCAUGCAUUACAGGAUAUCAUGUAUGCACAUCGAGCUCUACAGGCAACACAGACCUGGCUCUGAUUGUUGGCUCUGUGUCUGCGGGUGUUCUGUUUCUCACAGUGGUGGUAAUCCUGGGCUUUGCCAUACACAGACAUUUCCAAAAAAUGUCAGAGAGAAGGAGACAAAGAGAUCAAGAAAAAUUCUGGCAACAUGUGCACUCCAGAGAUCAUAUUGUUGAUCUGACUCUGCAGCGUGUUGACAUUGGAACUGAGGAAAAUGGACAAAUGCUCAGAGGAGGAGCCUCAUUGUCAGAGCCCAUCUACGAUUAUCCCAUGGCAACCUUUAAGAACGCCUCAGUUUACUGAUGUCUAUCUGUCUAUCUGUCUAUCUAUCUAUCUAUCUAUCUAUCUAUCUAUCUAUCUAAGGACCGGAUGCUACAUUUUGUGUUUCACAUAUUCUGUAAAUUGUGAUGUUUAUUUAAAAGCUGUAACUUUUUUGUUAUAUUUGUAAAGUAAUGAAUGAGUAAACAAUCUACUGUAGAUAUGAUAUGAAUUUUUCUGUCAGCAGGGGGCUCUGAGCAUCUAGAUAUAAUGAAAGAUUGACAUUUCAUUGAAGCACUGGCAGUUUUGAGUGCUGGGCAUUUGAUAUUUGCAAAUUGUUUAUAGAUUUAAUCAUGAAAUGUGAAAGCUUUCAUUUGUGUUUUGUGCAGAUGUCACUUAGUUCAAGUGGUGCUUAAGAACUUCUUUCAGUUCCGUUUUGCUUAUCAUGACAAUUUAAAAGGAACUUAAUUUGACAGUCAUGACAGAACUGCAUUAUUUGAUACUAGUUUUUUUUUUAAAGACUUUUUGUUCCCAUUUGUCUUCACAUAGCCUGAAACUGUGUGAAGUAUCAUGAUAUCUUUUAAUAAUCAAGCAAUAAACCAUUAAUAGCUC